ACGCCGAAUGCCAUUGGUGUGGACUAUAAAAUAGUCGGCAACUAAGUUCCGUUACAGCAACUUAUGCUCGAACGCAUAAAAAAACUGCGGCUAUCAUUUAUUUACUAAAAGCAUGGAGCAGUUGGCACAGUUUGUGACAAAGUCCUUUGAAUUUAACUUAACCAACAACAGUGUUCACGCCUUGUUCAAUUCUAUGACGGGCGCGCGAAUUAAAAAGCAUGCGGAAGUGAAAAACUCCAUAUUCAUAAAUUCCAUCAGUUCCGGCGGCAGUUACGCCGAAACUUGCGCGAGUGGCGAAGAAUCGGUGGAUAUAGACAUAACCGACUUGUCCGUUUCGGAGAGCAAUACGAUUCUCGCGGUCGAUCCGGAGCCCCCCGAGGAAUCCCAAUCCCAUCAAGAGGAGGCCGUGGAAAAGUAUCGCCUAAGCCCCAGUUUUCGCAAGGCUGUGGAGCCCAAGCCCAAAAAUUGGCUAAUAUCAGAUGACUUGGAGGUGGAGUCCCAGCCGGAAGAUCCGAAAGUUUCUGCGGUGGUAGCCGCCAACAUAAGCGAGUUCGAGGAUGACAGUGACUCACCGAAGUUGGCGCCGGAUAAGCCGGUCCCGACCGAAAAAUGCGUCUCCCCAGAACCAAGCAGAAUCCGGGAGCACUGCGACCAUCUGGACUCGUCGGUGGUCAACACCAAGCAGCGAAGAUCGCGGACAAACUUUACGCUCGACCAGCUGAACGAACUGGAGCGACUCUUCGAGGAAACGCACUAUCCGGAUGCCUUUAUGCGCGAGGAACUGAGCCAGAGAUUGGGACUCAGCGAGGCCAGAGUGCAGGUUUGGUUUCAAAAUAGAAGGGCGAAAUGUAGAAAGCACGAAAACCAAAUGCACAAAGGAUUCCUGGUGGGCAGUCGUAGUCCUCCAAUCGCAACUCCGCUGGAACCCUGUCGCGUGGCGCCCUACGUCAGUUUGGCCGCCCUUCGAAGCUCAUCCGUUCCGUCUCAUCCCGCUGCAGCCGCGAGCUCGAAUCCCCAAGCACCCAGUGGCACGAGUUCCGGCAAAGUGGUCAGCGUGGAUUCGCCACAUCCUCCGGCGAUAUCGCGCUCGGCCAUCAAGCAGUUUUCCAACACCGUUGCUGCAGCCGCCGCCUUUUCAGCAUUCGAUCCAGCGAUUAUUUCGGUGGCAGCUCACCAGUAUGCUGCAGCCAUUACCAAUGGAACCGUGCCGGCUGGACUUUUUUCUGUGCCACAAUAUUCAAUAAAUCUGGCUGCCUUUGCCGCAGCUCACAGCAAGAGUUCCAGCAUAGCAGACCUAAGGAUGAAAGCCAAGAAACACUCAGAAUCGUUGGGACUUCAAGCAGAUAUGGUUCUUUAGUAGACAGCUUCACAUAGAUUAUAAAAAUGUACAUUCAAUUGAUGAUAUGGUCAUAUUCCGUCUAUCAUCGUAAUAAAAAAGAAUAGCCACAUUUAUUUAUUUAAUAAAAGUUUUACUUAAUAAAUCUAACGAAUAAGAUUGAUU